UAGUAUAGGGGUUUUGAAGUCCAAGGCGCAUCUCAGCGCGGUCAACAUCAUAAUCGUGUGGGAAAAGGAGAAGUCAUAAAUCAAAUCGGAGUCUUAAUUGUGAUGCCCUCUUUCGUUUCGGGUACUAUAAAACCAACACACACCAAAGUAUCUCUUCUGCUCUCACCCUUCUCCAUUGCAAGAACCUAAUAUUCAUUCAUGACCCUUCUUUGAUUCAUUUUCUCUCUUCACAAUUCCCCCGUCUUUCACCUCUUCUGCUCAUGGCAGCUGACAAGGCAGCAAUCAGCCUCGAGGAAAUCAAGAAUGAGACCGUUGAUCUGGAACGCAUUCCUAUUGAGGAAGUGUUUCAGCAAUUGAAAUGUACCAGAGAAGGAUUGUCCUCGGACGAAGGAGCCAAUCGGCUUCAAAUAUUUGGGCCAAACAAGCUAGAGGAGAAAAAGGAAAGUAAAUUUCUCAAGUUUCUUGGGUUCAUGUGGAAUCCUCUGUCAUGGGUCAUGGAAGCUGCAGCUGUUAUGGCAAUUGCUCUUGCAAAUGGGGAUGGGAAGCCCCCAGAUUGGCAAGAUUUUGUGGGUAUUGUUUGCUUGUUGGUGAUCAACUCCACCAUCAGUUUCAUUGAAGAAAAUAAUGCUGGUAAUGCAGCUGCUGCUCUUAUGGCUGGUCUUGCUCCCAAGACAAAGGUCCUUAGAGAUGGUAAAUGGACUGAGGAAGAAGCGGCUAUUCUAGUUCCUGGAGACAUCAUAAGCAUCAAACUAGGAGAUAUCAUUCCUGCUGAUGCUCGUCUUCUUGAGGGUGAUCCUUUGAAGGUUGAUCAAUCCGCUUUGACAGGAGAGUCACUUCCUGUAACCAGGGGUCCUGGAGAAGAAGUUUUCUCUGGCUCAACUUGUAAACAAGGUGAAAUUGAAGCUGUUGUCAUUGCAACUGGUGUCCACACAUUUUUCGGCAAAGCAGCUCACCUGGUGGAUAGUACCAACCAAGUUGGACAUUUCCAGAAAGUGCUUACAGCAAUUGGAAACUUCUGUAUUUGUUCCAUUGCAGUUGGUAUGUUGGCUGAGAUCAUAGUCAUGUACCCAAUUCAGCACCGUAAGUACAGAGAUGGAAUUGACAACCUUUUGGUCCUCUUGAUUGGAGGAAUUCCCAUUGCUAUGCCCACUGUGUUGUCUGUGACAAUGGCCAUUGGUUCUCAUAGGCUCUCUCAGCAGGGUGCUAUAACCAAGAGAAUGACUGCCAUUGAAGAAAUGGCUGGUAUGGAUGUCCUUUGCAGCGACAAGACAGGUACACUCACACUUAACAAGCUGAGUGUUGACAAGAAUUUGAUUGAGGUCUUCGCAAAGGGUGUGGAAAAGGAUCAUGUGAUCCUUCUUGCUGCAAGGGCUUCCAGGACUGAAAACCAGGAUGCAAUAGAUGCUGCCAUUGUUGGAAUGCUUGCCGAUCCAAAAGAGGCAAGGGCUGGGGUAAGAGAGGUGCACUUCUUACCAUUUAAUCCUGUCGACAAGAGAACUGCUUUGACUUACAUUGAUGCUGAUGGAAAUUGGCACCGGGCAAGCAAAGGUGCUCCCGAGCAGAUCAUGACCUUGUGUAACCUCAGGGAUGAUGCAAAGAGGAAGGUCCAUGCUAUUAUUGAUAAGUUUGCAGAGAGAGGGCUUCGUUCACUUGCUGUUGCUAGACAGGAAGUUCCUGAGAAAACAAAAGAAAGCGCUGGUGCUCCAUGGCAGUUUGUUGGUUUGUUGUCACUGUUCGACCCCCCUAGACAUGACAGUGCUGAAACUAUUCGUAGAGCUCUCCAUCUUGGUGUAAAUGUCAAGAUGAUUACUGGCGAUCAACUUGCCAUAGCUAAGGAGACCGGCCGAAGACUGGGGAUGGGAACUAAUAUGUACCCAUCUGCUUCUUUGCUUGGUCAAGACAAAGAUGCAAGUAUUGCUGCACUUCCAGUAGAAGAGCUGAUUGAGAAGGCAGAUGGUUUUGCUGGAGUAUUUCCAGAACACAAAUAUGAAAUUGUAAAGAAGUUGCAAGAGAGGAAGCACAUCUGUGGAAUGACUGGAGAUGGUGUUAAUGACGCUCCGGCUUUGAAGAAGGCUGAUAUUGGAAUCGCUGUUGCUGAUGCAACUGAUGCUGCCAGAAGUGCUUCUGAUAUUGUCUUGACAGAACCUGGUUUGAGUGUUAUUAUUAGUGCAGUCUUAACUAGCAGGGCUAUUUUCCAGAGAAUGAAAAACUACACGAUAUAUGCAGUAUCUAUUACUAUCCGUAUAGUGUUUGGCUUCAUGUUCAUAGCACUGAUAUGGAAAUUUGACUUCUCUCCUUUUAUGGUUUUGAUCAUUGCUAUUCUGAAUGAUGGAACAAUCAUGACAAUUUCAAAGGACAGGGUGAAGCCAUCUCCCUUGCCUGAUAGCUGGAAACUGCAAGAAAUAUUUGCUACUGGGAUUGUACUUGGAAGUUACUUGGCGCUGAUGACUGUCAUAUUCUUUUGGGCAAUGAAAGAAACCGAUUUCUUCCCUGACAAAUUUGGAGUUAGACACUUGAGUCAUGAUGAGAUGAUGUCUGCUUUGUAUUUACAAGUCAGUAUAGUCAGCCAGGCUUUGAUAUUUGUAACCCGUUCUCGAAGCUGGUCCUUUAUUGAACGCCCUGGAAUGCUGUUAGUUUGCGCUUUCGUUAUUGCUCAGCUGAUUGCUACAAUCAUAGCAGUAUAUGCUGACUGGGGCUUCGCAAAGGUGAAAGGAAUUGGUUGGGGUUGGGCAGGAGUCAUCUGGCUCUACAGUAUUGUCUUCUAUAUUCCACUUGAUGUCAUGAAGUUUGCCACCCGUUAUGUAUUGAGUGGCAAGGCUUGGGUAAACAUGCUAGAAAACAAGACUGCCUUCACCACCAAGAAAGACUACGGUAAGGAGGAGAGGGAAGCUCAAUGGGCUCAUGCUCAGAGAACCCUGCAUGGACUUCAACCACCAGAAACUUCUGGCAUUUUCAAUGAGAAGAACAGUUAUAGAGAACUCUCUGAGAUUGCUGAGCAGGCCAAGAGAAGAGCUGAAGUUGCAAGGCUUCGUGAGCUUCACACACUGAAGGGACAUGUUGAGUCUGUGGUGAAGCUGAAGGGUUUGGACAUUGAUACAAUCCAGCAGCACUACACGGUGUGAGAAAACACUGGAAAAUUGUAGAUAGCAAGAGUGACCAAAUUCAGUUGCAUGCCUGAAACAACAAGAGACUAGGAUGUCUUUGCCUUUCAUAUAUAGGCUUUACCAAUUUGUUCUCCAUGUAUUUUCGGUGCUGGCUAAAUGGAUGUCUAUGCCUUCCAUGAUAGAGCCAAAGUAGUGUUAGUUUCUUUAGUCCUUACUUUUCCCCUGCCUUCAUAUGGCUUUGGGUGCUUCCUCAUUUCUGUGUUCUCAGUUGUGUAUGCCACAUUUAGGUGGCAGUGAUCAUAUUGUGUCAAUAUUGGGAUUUUUUAAGGUAGGAGAAUAAGAGUUUCUCGAAGUUCUUUUCCAGCA